AUGCCCGAUGACACGUCUGGCGGCGACGACGAGGCUAACCUCGAUCUGGAGGCGGUAUUCCUUGAACCACCCCGACCACCCUCUCCCGAGCCGACUAUCUCAACCUACUCCCGCGUGCCACAGCCUGGUACAUUAAGCGCAGAUCAUGACGUUUGGUCCGACAUUGAGAUUAGACUCGUUGGCUCGCACCCGUUGUGGGGUCACUACCUAUGGAACGCUGCCAGAUCCUUCGCGUCAUAUCUCGACGCACAUCCUGAAACAUACCGAGAUGGUUCAGUCCUUGAGCUCGGCGCUGGCGGCGGCCUGCCUGGUUUAGCUGCAGCCAAAAACAACGCGAAAUGUGUCAUAUUGACCGACUAUCCCGACGAGCCUCUGCUUGAUAAUCUCAAGCACAAUGUAAAGCGAAACAUUCCUGAAACCAACAACAACGUAGAAGUCAUGGGCUACACCUGGGGCCAGUCGCUGGAGCCAAUAUUUGAAGCGCAACAAAGAAUGACCAAUGUUCGAGGAUUUGACCUCAUCAUUAUGUCCGACCUCAUCUUCAACCAUUCUCAGCAUGAUGCGCUACUGAAUACAGCCGAAACGGCGAUCCGUGCUACUGUACCUGGAGAGCCUCACCCUCCAUGUGUCUUGGUGUUUUACUCUCACCAUCGCCCUCACUUCGCGCAUCGUGACAUGGAGUUUUUCAGCAAAGCGAAAGAACGUGGGUGGGUCUGUGAGGUAAUCGUUACAGAGAAGUUCCCUCCUAUGUUCCCGGAAGAUCCUGGAGAGGAAGAAGUGCGUGCGACCGUCCAUGGAUGGCGUCUUACCCGCCGAAGCACCACGUCGUGA